AUGGAGACUUGUAUUACAUUCACACCUGGUCUACUGGAAUUCAUAAAUAAACAAGAAAACUUACCAGAUGUUAAUUUGCAACUUGCUGCAUUUCUAAUCAUGCCUAUACAGCGUGUUCCCCGGUACUCCUUAAUGCUUCAAGAACUCGUCACUAUUUAUCUGCAACUAGAUGGUCUGACUAGUACUGAGGCGAAUGAUGUUGCUGUAAGUAUCACUCAAGCCGCUCAUCAUGACAACAUGAUACCAGAAUAUGCAGCCACACUUAUUUUGAAGUUGUGGGAAAAUUAUAAACAAAGGGAUUGCAGUUCACCAUCUAACAGUUCUAAUUUUCCAGUCGUACGAAGUUAUGUUCAUCGGAUGAAACCCUGUACAAUUAUUCUGUUGGCAGGUUUUGCUAGUGUUGUGUCAACAGCAACAUUCCUGAAUGAACAGAUAAGAAUAAGUGAACAGGCAACAAAGGCUACAUUAUUGCAAUCGAGACUUUUGGGGAAAUGGUCACGUAAUUUAAUUCUGGUACCUGGUCGGAGGUUAUUAAAGUAUGGAAUCGUAAAGAAGAAAAAUUCAUUGGAUGGAGUGGCUGAACCUCGUUUACUGGUGAUUCUGUCUGACAUACUGGUGUAUGCUACACCCCGAACUCAGACAGACUUGGAAUCCAUUUUCAGUAAUAAGUUGGUUCUUGGUCGAAAAUGUCCAGAAUUUUUAAAAUCGUUUUCUGCAGGAAAAUCACCCUUAAAGUGUGUCAAACUUAUGCAAAGGAGAAAUAACGCAGAUCCACUGACCCGAGUUUCCAAGUAUUCUACGCCAGUUUGCUCCCAGAAUUCUGUUUUUCAGAGUCUUUUGGAUUCGGAUGACUGUUUGACAAACAGUAAAGUAUGCUUUUCAUGUGUUUCUGUCUAUCCCCUUCAUCACUGUCGUAUCCAAGUGAAUUUUAGACCGUCGUCCAACUUUUUGCAACCUAUUCCCGAGUCCCCUGAAAAUCAAUCAAAUAAAACCAAUUCAGUGUUUGUUUCCCCAGGAUCUACUGUGAAUUUUCAUAAUCGUACGGCGUCUACACCACUUGUAUUUGAUGAAUGUUCAUGUGAUGCUUCUCCUGUGGUUAAAUUUAAUAAAUUUGAUUCAUCAAUUAAAUCCGAUAAAGAUGAAGGGUUGUCUAAACCUUGUCAGUCCGUGAAUGAAUACAGUUUUUCCGUACAUUGUCGUGAUGCUAGUUUCACAAUUGUUACUAAAGAUUUAGCAGGAGCCGAGGAGUGGAUAUCUAGUCUCGAGACAGCCAUUGAAGCUGUUAAAACAGCGCGACGGAGUCUUCGUAAGGAAAGUAGUGCUAAGUGGCCAAUGCGUGCUUCAGAUUUUAUUCAGUUUGAACAGUGGUUGGAGCAAAAGCGGUCAGCUGAAGAGUCUAUGAAGUGUUCUGAAAUCUUUCAAAGUAUGGGAGUAUCUGGGAUCGCUGAUGACAGUGUUCUUGCAUCUUCAAAUAUUCUUGACUGUUCGAAGGUGGAAAAGAAACUUGAAGAGUAUCGCAGGCGUAAGUCAAUAGGUUGUGAACAUGAAAGGAUCAAUCGUUUGUCUUACAUAUUUUGUGACAGUGGCAGUUACGAAUUUAAUCGGAAGAAAUCAGAGCGAAAGGCGUCCUGUGGAAUUUCUCUGAGUUCAGUUAUAUCGAGACUAAGGAGGAAGACAUUCACUCCCACUGAUGAAAUAUCUGAAUAUUCAGACAGAUCUGUUCGUCUGUUGUCUGUAACCACUAUUUCAAAUGAGGAUGAAAUUGGUUCUAGUGGAGUGAACUCUCAAAGUCAAGUGAAUACUGAUAGCCGCCGUCGUAAUCAAGUUGAGGGGGAUUCACCUUCUACUUGUGAUAUGUAA